GUGUCUCCUGCCGGUCCGGCUGUAAUUCACUACUCCUCAUUCUGAACAUAUCGGGGCGGGGAGUGGGCUCGUAAGAUGGCGGCGCGGUGGAGAACAGGCGAGGAAACUUUAACAGCGUGCAAUAUGGACCUUUCCCCUUUAGCAACACUAGACGAGACUGACAGAUUAAUCUCAGGAGGAAGUCUGGAUUCCAUUCAAAGCUGCUUGGAUCCCUCCAUUCUUUCCAUCUUUGAAGACACGCCGACAGUAGAGACUAAAGACGAGGAGAGCGAGACUAUGCUGCUGACGGCUUUAACGGAGAUUCUUGACAAUGUCGAAGAUGAAAACCUGUCGCCCUUUGACACACUACCUGACUCAGAGCUGCUGUCUACUCAGAAGGGCAGAGAGCACUCUCCGCUUAGGAGAAUGCUGUAUCUGUCUUGCUCCCCUCAAGAGAAGGAUUCACUAAAUAUUGCGCGACCCUUGUCGACUGGAAAGAGUCUACCCAGAAUGCAGGGGAUUUUUGUCCAGAGGAGCGAUGGGGAGGAAGAGGAGGAUGGCUCAAUCAAUCGGAGCCCAAUUAUAGGAGAAUCCUCAUCACCUGAUGGGGACUUGCCAGACUGGGAGGGGCUGACUCUCCCACUUCCCAUCACUUUUCAGCAGGAAAGUGAAGGCGACCAUCCACCAGUUAGUCUUGGAGACUUUGUCAGACACAUGCAUCCUUACUGUAUGACUAUAUGUGUGGAGAAUGAGCAGGGAGAGCACAUGUUGCCAGAAGGAGGAAUAUUGCUUGAGGUUGUAGACAAGGGUGAAAAUGGAGAACCUAUUCUUGCCAUCCCAAACAUAGAUCUUCCAAUCUCAGUCCCUCUUAAGGAGACAUCCUCAGAAAAGGAGCAGAGUGUUUCCGAUGAAGCUGAAGAGGUGCUCACUGACAGUUCAGAGCAUAUAGUCGUUGAUGAUGAAGAUGAUGUGAGGCCUAACAAAGAACUGAACUUUAUAUGUCCGGUACCAACAAGCUCCGAUACGAAGGCUGAGAUCAUGCUGAAGAAAGAAGCUAAAACCAAAAACCCUACGCGGAGGAAAAGGAAACUCUGUGUACAACCCAAACCUACAGAAGGACGGGUCCUUAGAAGUGGCACCGUGUGUAAAACUACCCCGGAGUCACUGAAAAAAGCUAAAAAGCUUUCUGUCAACCCUAAAGUGUCAGGGGUUCCUCCUUCAUCAACUCCAUCCAGCAAAGCCCGUAAAGAAAUCAAACAUAGUCAAACUAAAACAAUAGGAAAGACCACUGCAACAGAACUGUCUGAAUGUAAUGAACCAGUUUCACCAGAACAAGAGAACGUUUUAAGCAAUGCUGCUGAGGAAAAACAGUCCUCCGCUCCCCAAACAAAUGUCCCCAAACAGCCGGUCACAGCUGCUGUGGAGACAGAAGGUUCAACAGUUCAACCCUCUGGGGCUUCUUCAGGGAUCGCUGUACCUGCUUCCAACCCUGAACCUUCAGAGAACACAGGAUCUGCAAGCGUGACCCCACCAGAGCCCAAACCCAAAUCCCUCAGUCUGGAAGAGUAUAGGCGCCUGCGACAGCAGAGGAAGCCCACUCCGGUGGAAGUCCCAGACAACAACAGCACCAAAUGGCCCAGCCUUCCGGAGCCCCCCAAAGAGCUCCCUCCGAUCCCCUGCCUGCUUCAUUCCAACCCCAAAGACCCACGACGUCCCGGCCCACAGGCGGCGAAGAAAGACGUGGAAGAAGUCAGACCUGCCUGGCAGCCAAGAGGACCGGGUGCACCGCCCACGCCUGAAGCCCUGCUGGUUCCCCCGGCGUACAUGAUGUCCUCAACAAGCAAAGUUGCAGCAUCUGCUCCAGCUUCCAAAACCCAGGAUGUUUCUAGAUUACCCCAAAUGCACCCUCCUCCUGCCCCCAACUCAGUUAAGAAUUCAACACAAACAAACAACCCUGUCCAGCCCGGGGUACCGUCUGUGUCUUCUGUAGAGGUUUCUACCCAGAAUGCAUCUUCAAAGGAUGGGACGCCUUCUCCUGUUCCUUCACAGAGAAGAGAAGCUGUUGAUGAACAAACCCCUAAGCUCACACAGGUCCAUCCCACCCCCGUUAAUGAAAACAUCCGGGCUGCAUCCAAGCAUCCUUCCAAAAAGCCACUUGAGACCACAGCGUGUAGCGCUUUAAACAGCUCUGCAGCAUCUGAUGGAAAAUCUCCAAAACUCCCCGCCAACAGUCCCCAAACACCUUCAGGUCUUUCAAAGCCACGCGGCGUGACUCCAAUAAUCCAACAACAUACAAAACGCACUGCAGCAAUCCUCCAAAAAGCAAACAAGUCCACCCAGGAGUUGAUUGAGGCGUUUACAAGUGAAAUAGGGAUUGAAGCUGCUGAUCUGACGAGUUUACUGGAGCAGUUUGAAGAAACCCAAGCCAAAGAGGAGCAAUGUGUACCGGAGGUCUGUGGUAGAGCAGCAGCUGUAGGAAACUCGAGCAUUGAACCGGCUCCAGAGAAAACCGUUGUGGAGCGUGUGCGAGCUAAUGACUUCUCCAGCAUUGCAGCUCUGACUCCUCCAGCCACUCCCCCACACCAAAUGUGGAAACCUCUGGCGCCGGUGGCUUCACUCAGAGUAGAGGGAAAGGCUGGAGAAGGCCCCAAAGUCAGCCCCUCUAAAGUUAUCCAGAUAGACCCCCAGCCUCUGCCGUCAGCGCGGCCCCACAGUAAACUGGUCUCUCCGGCUGCCGCCGCUGUUUCCUCUUCCCUCGCAUGCAUGGAUCACGACUACUGCCUUCCAAACAAAGGCACUUCCUCAUGGGAGCAAGGAAAGCGCUGGAAUGUCAAGCAACAAUCUUCUAUCGUUAUUCAAACCAUCAAGGACCAUGCUCCUUCACAAAUCACUCAAUGCUCCGUGGCACCGACAAAUACUGUGCUUCCAACCAAACCUCAAGAUGCCCCACAGACUGAGCGUCCAGGACAGAAGACCACCAAGCAUGGGCCAGAUGGAGGCUCUAUACUGGAGACUCCAGCUGCUUCCCCCUCUCAACUCGAAGCUGAAAGUACUUAUAAAAUCAGGAGUCCAAGAAGCCGGCAUUUAGAGAGGUCUUACCGUCGACCCGCUGCUUCUCGAACACCCAGCCCCAGAUAUAGCCGCAAAGAAAGAACCAGGGGCAGAUCCGAGAAAAGAUCUCGGUACUCUUCCAGCCCUAUGUCUAGCAGCUCAGACUCCUGCUCCUCCAGAUCUCGGUCUAGAUCGUGCUCUCCGGCAAAGAAACGGUACCACCACUCUGACAGUCGUUCUAGAUCCUCGUCCCGCUCCUCCUCUCGGUCUUCUCGCUCCGUGUCUCCCUCUCCUCCCAGGAGGAGGAGAUACUCCUAUUCAUCCUCUCGUUCUGGCUCCUGGAGUCGCUCCAGGUCCAGGUCUCGGUCCCCUCAGAAACAAACGCAGUGGAAUAGAAGCAGAAGACUGUACAGCCCUACAUACAGACCCAGACACAGCAAUGUUCCAAAGGCAAAUACAGAAGAAAUGAAAAGGCGCAAGGAGAAAGCCAUUGAAGAGCGACGAAUUGUUUACGUUGGACGAAUACGAGGAACAAUGACCCAAAGAGAACUCAGGGAGCGUUUCUCUGUAUUUGGCCGGAUUGAGGAAUGUACCCUGCACUUUAGAGAUCAUGGGGACAACUACGGGUUUGUGACUUUUUUUGACACCAAGGACGCUUUUACAGCCAUCGAGAACGGAAGCAAGCUGCGCAACCCUGACGAGCUUCCGUUUGAUCUCUGCUUUGGUGGAAGAAGGCAGUUUUGUCAAAGCAAUUAUGCUGAUUUAGAUUCAAGCAGAGACUAUGAGCCGUUGCCAACAAAAGGCAAGUUGAAUGCACUAGACUUUGACACUUUAUUGAAGCAGGCUCAGCAGAAUCUAAGGAGGUAACGGAGGACGCCUGCAGGAAGAAGCAGCCGAGACUUACCUCAGAAUUCGUGGGUGGAUCUGCAUCUGCAAAACUUUACAUUUUGCUUCAUGCCUUCAUUUGUUUGUUUUUUUUUUGUUUGUUUUGGAAAGCUAACCCCUUCUAUUGAAGUGAAAAUUUAUAAAGAAACUGGUAAAAGCAUGAAAAAAAAGUAAAAGCAAAAUUCUGUUUUUCUUUUCUAUUAUUUAAAUGUACAAUUGUGGAAAAUUGUAUGGAAAGAAUCAUGAAAGGGUUAAUUUCUAAUUUACCUUAUUUGGGAAAUGAUGCGACACAUUGAAAUGUCCCAGAAGUCUAAAUAAAUAUGUUUUAUCAAACAAA